AUGUCCGACGAAGAAAGUGUGCCAUGUUUUCUUGAGGACGACAGGGUGAAGUUUGUCGAGGAAAAAGUGUGUGGGCUUCUGCGACUUCAGCGUCAAACAUGGGAGAAAAGUGCAGUCAACGAAGAGUUCCAGGCUUAUUUGAAAGACCUGUUUGAAAAAGAGAAUACUAUAUUUUUCUUUUCACCAAAAACCGGUUGUUUGGUUGCUUCUAACGAGGUCCCACCCUUUUCCCCAAACAAACAAAUCUACAUUCUCAAGAAACGAGUUGUCCCCAUUAACUGUGAAAACUACAGAGAGCUCCUGCUGUUUGGCUUCUUGUCUCCAUCACCAAUACUGCAGUUGUCAAGCACAGUUGAACAGGUAUGCGUUCCACUGCUGUCAAACAGCCUUAACCACCGCACAUGGCCAAAUCUGAUGUCUGAGGAUAUUAUUCAAAAUGUUGAGACUGUAUGCAGCAAGACAUCAGUUGUAUGGGGACAGGUUUUAGGGAAAACGGUCCUCCCUAUCCCAACAGUAACAAAUUGGAUGGAUAAUGUAUCAAGUACCUGCAAAAUGUAUAAUAACUAUGACAGGGCACUAGCCCAUGCCAUAGAGACCCAAGUCAUCAAUUGGACCAAUCUCAUCCAGAAAAUGCUGAAGGAGGAUUCAUCAGACCUACUUAUGACAGGCUGUAAUCCAGGACCCAACGCAGAGCUGAAGUUCUGGGCUUCCAGGAAAAGCAAUAUUCAGAACGUUUAUCAUCAGCUUCAGAGUCCCAUCGUUCAGAAAAUGGCAAAGAUGUUAGAGAUGAUGGAUAGCAGCUACCAUCCAACAAUCAAGACUCUAAUUGGAAAUGUAUUUGAUGCAUUACAAGAGGCCCGGGACAUUGACCUCCAUCUACAGCCACUGUGUGCUCAGCUGUCUCAGCUGGAAAAGAAAGGAUUUACUCACUUUGAAACAUUCAUCCCUGUACUGUUUCACACUCUUUUCCUUAUCUGGACUAACUGCCAGCCCUAUCAAAGACCAGCACGCAUGGUGGUGUUUCUUCAGGAACUUUGCAAUCUGCUCAUUGAACAGGCUUCUACAUACCUCUCUGCUGAUCUGUUACUUAGAGAAGACCCAGAGGAAAGUCUAGAAAUGGUAAAGAUGGUGAUAAAAGUCUUCAGAUGUUUCAGAGAGAGUUACCAGACCCAGAGGGAUAGGUUGGCCAACCAUGCGAAACAUGCACCCUGGGAUUUCCCAUCUGCCAUGAUUUUUGCACAUUUCAACCAGUUCCUCAAUCGCAUGUUACAGCUGGAGGACUUCUUUGAAAUAAUGCUUGACUAUCAGCGUAUGGAAAAACUGGAAUUUGGUGGACUUAAAGGGAAACUCUACAGUGAGCAUGCUGCUCAGAUGUACAGAGAGUUCUGUAAUCAUUGCCAUGUAUUGAAGCACAGUGAAAACAGCCCACUUGAUUGCAACUCGAAGGAUUUUGAAAACGAGUAUAAGGAUUUCAAAGUAAAAAUUGUGGACUUUGAAUGCCGCCUUGCCAGCCUUCUAUGCCUUGCCUUUAAGGAUUGCUCAGGACUGGAAUCAGCCCUCAAACUGUUAACUAUUGUUGGACCCUUCCUUGAGCGAGGAAAAAUUCGACAGAUAUUCACUCCCAACUUCCUUCUGCUGCAGCAACAUUUCAGAGAAGAGCUGGAGAAGUGUAAAUGUCUGUUUAAAUCCCAGCUCGAUCAGAUGGAGAGUGGUCUGAAUAAGAACAUGGCUCAUACAUCUGGAGCUUUAAAGUGGGCAAAAAUGCUCCGAGAACGCAUUCAAACCCCAUGGGAAAAAAUCAGAUUACUAUCUACAGGUGGUGUAGAGAUGGUGAAGGAGCACCACAUGUACAUGGAGAUGUUGAGUCUCCUGGACCAAUAUGAAGAAGACAUUUACUCUGAGUGGUGUGCUGGUUUAGAACAGGCCUGUCUGAUCAACCUCAACCAGCCUCUUAUCUCUAGAAAUAAUUCAUGUGGCUUGAUCUCAGUCAACUUCAAUCCUAAGCUGACUGAAGUCUUGAAAGAUGUGAAAUAUAUUCAAACUCUCAGUCAGAUCAGCAUUCCUGCAGCUGCAGUGACUGUUUUUGAGAAGCGUGACAUGUUCACAAAGUAUGUGAGCAGUCUGCAGCUGCUAGUACAAUGGUACAACAAGCUGAAGCAGACAGUGCUAGAGGUGGAACUUCCUCUCAUCAGAGCUGAGCUGGUGUCCGUAGACCUGCAAUUAACAAGAGCAGAGACUGACUUGACAUGGCAAGACCAGGACUGCUGGAGCUUCAUCAGCACUACCAAAGACAUGGUCCACGACCUUGUAAGUCGAGUCAGCAAAACCAAGGAAAACUGUGAAGCCAUCCAGUCAAUGAUGAAGGGAUGGAGCAAACAGGCCAUGUUUUGCAGGAAGGACAACAAGAAAGGUUCACUUAUACAGCUGGAAGAUCGGGGAGACCGUGUCAACAAGAUAUACAGGUCCAUAAAGAAGGAUGGGGAAUCUAUCCACAAGCUGGUACAGGAGAAUAUGGUCCUUUUCCAUGCUGACCCUGCUUCAGAAGAAUGGCAGUCCUACCUGGAGUAUGUGGAUGAGAUGGUGGUGGAAGGGCUCUUUAGCUACAUUAGCCACUCUCUCCAGUUCUUAAUGGACAACAUGGAGUCUUGGCCAAAGCAGGCUCCUCUAUUUGAAACUCAGCUGAUGCUUAAUGGCUCAGGGAUGGCAUUCCUUACCCCACUGGAGCGAGAUGCAGGAGAUUGCCUCUACGAGCUGAUAGAAGGACUGGUCGGAGAUGUAUUCAAGACUUCAGUGAAUAUCAACAGAGUGGCUUCUCAUCUGAGCAUGGACAGCUAUCAGAAUGUAAUGGAUGACAUAUUAGAUUUGUUGGACCUGAGACAGGAAAUAAUGGAGCGAGUGGAAAACGUCCUCAAGAAAGCCGUAAAUUACCAGACAAAGUUUGAUUGCUACGCCCAUCUGUGGCAAGACGACAGGGUUGAGUUUCUCAGCCAGUUUCUCCUGUAUGGACGUGCGCUUACAGCUGAAGAGAUUGAGGUUUGUAGUACAGAUGUACUCCCGGAGAGCCCUCCUACAGUUGAUAACUUCAAAGAACAGAUAGAUUACUAUGAGGACUUGUACUCUAAAACGUCGAAAUUUGAAGACUUCAGAGUGUUUGAUGGAUGGUUUCGGGUGGACAUCAAGUUCUUCAAAGUCAGUCUUCUAAACAUAAUAAAAAAGUGGAGCUGGCUUUUCAAGGAGCAUCUCUUGACAUAUGUCACCAACAGUCUUGAUGAGCUGAAGGAGUUUAUCCGAACCACCAUUGAAGGGCUAGCCUGGCCUGUGGGUAAAGGAGACCAUAGUGGCUUGGUGGAAGUUAUGAGUCACCUGUUGGCUAUCAGAGACAGACAGACAGCCACAGACAAGAUGUUUGAGCCUCUGAGAGACACAAUAUUCCUCCUGGAACGCUAUGGAGUGAUCAUACCAGACCAGGUCUAUUCUCAGUUGGAGGAACUCCCUGAAAAAUGGAGUGGGGCUAAAAAACUGGCCUUAAAAGUGAGGCAUGAGGUGGCACCCAUGCAAAACGCAGAAGUGAUGGUUUUACGAAGAUGUUGCAUGGCAUUUGAGGUGAAAACAACCCAAUUCAGGGAGAUGUUCAGAGCAACUGCACCUUUCACUUAUAAAACAGUGCAUCCCUACAUCUGUCUGGAGAAAUGUGAAAAAGCAAUCCGAGACAUGGAGAAAGAAGUAGCAGAGCUGCAAGAAUCUACAAAUCUAUUUGAUGUCACUAUCCCUGACUACAGAGACAUCAAGCUCUGCAGACGAGAGAUCACAGUCCUCAAAGAACUGUGGGACAUUGUUGUAUUUGUGCAGAGCAGUGUGGAAAACUGGACAAUGACCAAAUGGAGGCAGAUAAACGUGGACCAGAUGGAUGCAGAAUUGAGGAGGUUUGCCAAGGACAUACGGAAGCUUGACAAAGAGGCCCGCAUGUGGGAUGUGUAUUCCGGGUUAGACCUUUAUGUAAAGAACAUGUUGACGUCACUGCGGGCUGUGAGUCAGCUACAGAACCUGGCAAUACGGGAGCGCCACUGGGUGCAGCUAAUUAGAACAACAAAGAUGGACUUCACCGUGACUGAUAGUACCACCUUGGAAGACCUCUUGGCUCUGCAACUCCACUUAUUUGAAGAGGAAGUUCGCAGCAUAGUAGAUAAAGCAGUCAAAGAAAUGGCCAUAGAGAAGGUUGUAACAGAAAUAAGUCAAACGUGGGCAUCAAUGGAGCUUUCAUAUGAAGAUCAUUGCCAAACUUCUGUGCCACUUCUGAAAUGUGACGAAGAACUUAUUGAAACUCUUGAAGAUCAUCAGCUUCAGCUCCAGGGCAUCUUUCAGAGCAAACAUGUCGAUCACUUCCUUCUCCAAGUAGCGGAACUACAAAAACAACUCACUGUGGCUGACUCUGUGCUGAUGGUCUGGAUGCAGAUCCAGAAGACAUGGGCCCACUUGGAAAGCAUCUUCCAAGGCUGUGAUGACAUCUGCCAACAGCUGCCUGCAGAUGCACACAGAUUCCAAGUUAUUGAUGCUGAAUUUCAGGGGUUAAUGUUGGACAGUGCUAAGACCAAAAAUGUCAUCGAGGCCACCAACAAGCCUGAACUAUAUGAGAAGUUGGAGGAUCUUCAAAAAAGGCUGGCAUUGUGUGAAAAAGCUCUUGCUGAAUACCUGGAGACAAAGAGACUUGCCUUUCCACGAUUCUAUUUCAUUUCAUCUGCAGACCUGUUGGACAUCCUCUCUAAAGGGAGUCGCCCCACAGAGGUGACUGUCCACCUCUCAAAAUUAUUUGACAACAUGUCAGAUCUGGAAUUCUCCAGAAAUGAACAAUUGGAUAAUCCUAAACUUGCCGUGGGAAUGUACAGCAAAAAAAGGGAAUAUGUUCCCUUUCAGACUGGAUGUUGCUGUAAUGGGCCAGUGGAGGCAUGGCUAACUUGUCUGGAAGAGUCCAUGAGGGAAUGUGUCAGGGGUCACCUGUCUGAGGCUGUGUCUGUGUACGAGGACAGGCCCAGAGAGCAGUGGAUUCUUGACUUCCCUGCCCAAGUUGCUCUCAUUGGAUCUCAGAUCUGGUGGAGUAAUGAUAUGGAGCUGGUGUUUAAAAGACUGGAAGAAGGAUUUGAGUCUGCACUGAAAGACUAUAACAAGAAACAGAUUUCUCAACUGAACUUGUUGAUCAGCAUGCUGUUGGGUGAGCUAAGCUCAGGCGACCGACAGAAGAUCAUGACUAUAUGCACUAUUGAUGUCCAUGCAAGGGAUGUUGUUGCAAGCCUUAUUGCCCAAAAGGUCACCACCUCACAGGCCUUUCAGUGGCUUUCACAGCUCCGACAUUGCUGGAAUGAGCCGCAGCGCCAUUGCUUCGUCAACAUCUGUGAUGCUCAGUUCCUUUACCUUUAUGAGUAUCUUGGAAAUACACCACGUCUAGUCAUCACUCCUCUAACAGACCGAUGCUACAUAACCCUGACUCAGUCACUCCACCUGACCAUGAGUGGAGCCCCAGCAGGUCCCGCCGGAACAGGGAAGACUGAGACCACUAAGGAUCUCGGCAGGGCAAUGGGUGUCAUGGUGUACAUCUUCAACUGUUCUGAGCAGAUGGACUACAUGUCAAUUGGUAAUAUCUACAAGGGUCUGGCCCAGACUGGAGCAUGGGGCUGCUUUGAUGAAUUUAAUCGUAUUCCUGUGGAUGUUCUGUCUGUAGUAGCAGUGCAGCUCAAAACUAUACAAGACGCCAUUCGCUCUAAAAAGAUAAGGUUCCUGUUCUUAAAUGCUGACAUUGUCUUAAAGCCGUCAGUGGGGAUUUUCAUCACCAUGAAUCCUGGCUAUGCGGGCAGGACAGAGCUACCUGAGAACCUCAAGACUCUGUUCAGACCCUGUGCCAUGGUGGUGCCUGACACUGAACUUAUCUGUGAGAUAAUGUUGGUCGCAGAGGGCUUCCGUGGUGCUAAGCUUUUAGCACGGAAGUUUAUCACUCUGUACGCUCUCUGCAAAGAACUGCUCUCCAGGCAGGACCACUAUGACUGGGGUUUGCGUGCUGUCAAGUCUGUUCUGGUUGUGGCAGGAGCACUGAGAAGAAGAGACAAGACAAGGCCAGAGGAUCAGGUGCUGAUGCGUGCUCUGAGGGACUUCAACAUGCCAAAAAUUGUGACUGAAGAUGUGACUAUCUUCUUGGGACUGCUGGGAGAUGUAUUCCCAGGCCUGGGUGUGGAGAGAGAGAGAGACUAUGACUUUGAAAAGGCCAUCAGAAAGACCACUGUGGAACUGCGACUCCAGCCUGAGGAGACAUUCAUCCUCAAGGUGAUACAGUUGGUGGAACUCAUGGCUGUGCGUCAUUCUGUCUUUGUUAUUGGAACUGCGGGUACUGGAAAAAGCCAGAUAUUGAGAGUUCUCCAUAAAACCUACGUAAACUUGAAGAGGAAGCCAGUUUGGAAUGACCUCAAUCCAAAGGCAGUAGACAGAGAUGAAUUGUUUGGCUUCAUCCAUUCUGCAACUCGUGAGUGGAAAGAUGGUUUGCUUGCAUCACUGAUGCGAGAGCAGGCGAACAUCUCCCACCUAGGACCUAAGUGGAUUGUGUUGGAUGGAGACAUUGAUCCGAUGUGGAUUGAAUCACUCAACACAGUGAUGGAUGACAACAAGGUCCUGACUCUUGCCAGCAAUGAACGUGUGCCGCUCACCUCAUCUAUGAGACUGGUGUUUGAAAUCAGUCAUCUAAGAACAGCCACUCCUGCCACUGUGUCCAGAGCAGGAAUCCUUUAUGUCAACCAGCAAGACUUGGGCUGGAAUCCGUACGUCACCAGUUGGAUUGACCAACGAGAACGCCAGACAGAAAGGGCCCACCUGACCAUACUGUUUGAGAAAUAUGUUCCUCGCUGUCUAGAACGGAUGAGAAACACCUUCAAGACAAUCACUCCUAUCCCAGAGAACUCUAUGGUGCAGACACUCUGCACUUUGCUUGACUGCCUCCUUACACCAGAAAAUAUUCCAUCUGACUCUCCACGUGAGCUUUAUGAGACCUACUUCACCUUUGCCUGCAUCUGGGCUUUUGGUGGGGCCUUGUACCAAGACCAGCUCUAUGAUUACCGGGUGGAGUUCAGUCAGUGGUGGACCAAAGAAAUGAAGACUGUGAAGCUGCCAGCACAGGGGACAGUGUUUGACUACUACCUUGAUCCGCAAACCAGACGCUUCCUACCCUGGAGUGAUACUGUGCCUCCGUUUGAAAUCGAAACUUGUAGACCGUUACAGGCUGUUCUGGUACACACAGCAGAGACUGUGCGUCUUCGGUACUUCAUGAACUUGUUGCUGGAGAGAAGACAGCCAGUGAUGCUUGUGGGGAAUACUGGAGUGGGAAAGACAGCACUUGUCAGGAACAAGUUAGACUGUCUGCCAGAGAAUUACAUGACUACAAAAGUACCCUUCAACUACUACACUACUUCCCUCAUGCUGCAGGUGAUCCUAGAACGACCAUUAGAGAAAAGAGCAGGCAGAAGCUACUCCCCUGUAAGCAACAAAAGGCUGAUCUACUUCAUCGAUGAUAUGAACAUGCCGGCUGUUGACAGUUAUGGAACAGUGCAGCCUCACACACUUAUACGCCAGCAUUUGGAUUACGGGCACUGGUACGACAGACAGAAAUGGACCCUUAAAGAAAUACAUAACACUCAAUAUGUUGCCUGCAUGAAUCCCACUGCUGGGAGCUUCAACAUCAACCCCAGACUACAGAGACAUUUCUCAGUGUUUGCUGUGAACUUCCCUUCAUCUGAGGCUCAGAUGUCCAUCUUCAGUCAGAUCUUGUGUGGCCACCUGACGCAGCAGCCCUUCAGUAUGCUGGUUCAGAGGAGCGCUACAGCUGUGGUUCAGGCUGCCAUAACACUUCAUCACAAGAUGGUUCACAGCUUUCUGCCCACAGCCAUCAAAUUUCACUAUACAUUUAAUCUGCGAGACUUGUCAAACACAUUUCAGGGCAUCCUCUUUGCUGGGCCUGAGAGUGUAAAAGACAGCACUGACCUGGUCCUGCUGUGGCUCCACGAGUCCUGCAGAGUUUACUCUGACAGACUAGUAGAUGUGAAGGACCUUCAGCUUUUCCAAAAGCUCCAGAUGGAAACUGUGCACGAAUGCUUUGAGGGAGUGGAGGACAAAAAGGUGAGAAAGCAGCCCCUCCUCUAUUGCCACUUUGCCCAAAUGGGUGAGGAAGCCUCCUACACUCCUGUUACAGACUGGUCUGUGCUCAGGACUAUCCUCACAGAUGCACUGGAGAGCUACAAUGAGCUCAAUGCAGCCAUGAAUCUGGUGCUGUUUGAAGAUGCAAUGCAACAUGUCUGUCGCAUCAGUCGUAUCCUGGAGUCUCCGAGGGGUCAUGGCUUACUAGUUGGGGUCGGGGGCAGUGGGAAGCAGAGCCUGACUCGUCUGGCUGCUUACAUAUCCUCUGUGGAAGUCUUCCAAAUCACCCUGAGUAAGGGUUAUAGCAUCCAGGACCUGAAGAUGGAUCUGGCAGGUUUGUUCCUGAAGACUGGAGUGAAGAACCAGCGUGUCGCUCUGGUCCUGACUGAGGCACAGAUACCCAAUGAGCGCUUUCUCGUCAUUAUUAAUGAUUUACUGGCAUCAGGAGAAAUUCCUGAACUCUUCAGUGAGGAAGAGAUUGAAGCGAUUGUGUCUGCUGUGAGAGCUGAGGUCCGAGCACUUGGACUACUUGACACACGGGAGAACUGCUGGAGAUUCUUUACUGACAGAGUCCGACUGCAGCUGACGAUGGUACUGUGUUUGUCUCCAGUGGGCAGUGCCCUUCGUCUUAGGGCCCAUCGAUUCCCCGCUCUUGUCCAAUGCACCACCAUCGAUUGGUUCCAUCCUUGGACCUCAGAAGCUCUGCAGUCGGUCAGCCACAGGUUCAUCCAAGAGAUUGAAGGCAUUGAGCCUGCCGUCCAGGAAUCCAUCAGUCUUUUCAUGGCCUACGUUCACACCAGUGUCAACCAGGCAAGUGAAAAAUACCAGCGCAAUGAGAAGAGGUACAAUUACACCACCCCCAAGAGCUUUCUCCAGCAAAUCACCCUGUACAUGAACCUUCUGGAGAAGAGCCGGGCUCAGCUCCAGCACAAGAUGAACCGGCUUAACAGCGGCCUUCAAAAACUCCAAACCACUGCUGCUCAGGUUGAGGAUCUAAAAGCCAAAUUGGCAUCCCAAGAAGCUGAGCUGACCUUUAAAAAUCAGAAUAUUGAAGCUUUAAUUACAAAGAUUGGACUACAGACUGAGAGAGUUAGCAGGAAGAAAGAGGCUGCAGAUGUCGAGGCACAAAAGGUUACUGCCAUCCAGGCAGAAGUCUCAGCCAAACAGAAGGAUUGUGAGAAAGACCUUGCCAAAGCAGAGCCUUCACUGGCAGCUGCUACGGCAGCACUGGACACCCUCAACAAGGUUAACCUAACUGAGCUGAAGGCCUUUCCAAACCCUCCUGCUGCAGUGAUCAAUGUAGCAGCAGCUGUGAUGGUUCUUCUAGCUCCCCGCAGUAGAGUGCCUAAGGAUCGGAGCUGGAAGGCAGCACGAGCCUUCAUGGGCAAGGUGGAUGAUUUUCUUCAGGCUCUGGUGUCAUAUGACAAAGAGCACAUCCAUGAGUCCUGUUUGAAUGUGGUGAAACAAGAGUAUCUGAAAAAUCCAGAGUUCCACCCUGAUCUAGUUCGGACCAAGUCUACAGCUGCAGCUGGACUCUGUGCCUGGACUAUUAACAUUGUCAGAUACUAUGAGAUUUAUUGUGAGGUAAUUCCAAAGAGGCAUGCAUUAUCUCAAGCAAAUGCAGAACUAGAGACAGCAACGGCCAAACUGCUGGCAGUUCAAAAGAAAUUAGAGGAUCUUGAUGCCAGCCUCCAGGACCUUACAGCUCAGUUUGAAAGAGCUACAGCUGAGAAAAUCAGUUGUCAGACGGAGGUGACCUGCACCAACCAGACCAUAGAGCUGGCCAACCGACUAGUCAAAGGCUUAGAGUCAGAAAAGCAGCGCUGGUCACAGGCAAUAGUCCAGUAUGAGAAGCAACAGAAAACCCUGUGUGGUGACGUUGUCCUCACUUCAGCAUUCGUCUCUUACAUGGGUUACUUUACCCAGCAGUAUCGCAUGGAGCUCUUCAACAACAAAUGGAUCCCUUUCCUUAAGUCUCAAAAGGUCUCCAUACCCCUGACAGACGGCUUGGAUCCAAUCCUCAUGCUUACAGAUGAUGCCACUGUGGCUGCCUGGCAUAACCAGGGUCUGCCAAAUGAUAGGAUGUCCACCGAGAACGCUGCCAUCCUGACCACCAGUGAGCGUUGGCCACUCAUCAUCGACCCGCAGCAGCAGGGCAUCAAGUGGAUUCAAAACCGGCUAGGGUCAGACCUGAGGGUGGUGCAGCUGGGACAGAAAGGAUAUCUAGAUGUGAUUGAACAGGCCCUAGCUUGUGGUGAAACCGUUUUGUUAGAGAAUCUACAGGAAAAGAUAGACCCAGUCUUGGAUCCUCUACUGGGCAGAAACACUAUAAAAAGAGGAAGGUACAUUUGUAUCGGGGGUAAGGAGUGUAAAUACAACAGGAACUUCCAUUUUAUUAUCCACACCAAGUUAGCCAAUCCCCAUUUCCCUCCUGAGCUCCAGGCCCAAACCACCCUCAUCAACUUCACAGUGACUCCUGUCGGUCUGGAGGAACAGCUGCUGGGACAGGUAGUCUCUCAGGAAAGGCCCGACCUGGAGGCCCUAAAGAUGGAGCUGACCACACAGCAGAACCACUUCAAGAUUGAGCUCAAGAGGUAUGAGGAUGACCUGCUGAGUCGCCUCUCUGCAGCCCACGGUAAUUUUCUGGGUGAUAUUUCUCUGGUGGAACAGCUUGAGAACACCAAGUCCACAGCAGCUCACAUUCAGUACAAGGUGGUGGAGGCCAGAGAGAACGAGACAAAGAUCAACGAGGCUCGAGAAAUAUACCGCCCAGCAGCUGAGAGAGCGUCACUCCUCUUCUUCAUCAUCAAUGACCUCAGCAGGAUUAACCUCAUGUACCAGUUUUCUCUCAAGACUUUUAACUCCGUGUUUAGCAAAGCAAUGGAGUGUGCAGAAUGGGACGAGGAUGUGAGGACCAGAGUGCUCACUCUGACUGAAGCCAUCACCUAUUCUGUAUUCCUGUACACCAGCCAGGGCCUGUUUGAAAGAGACAAGUUAACCUUCUUGUCACACACUGCCUUCCAGAUUCUGCUCAAGCAGGGCUUGAUUGAUGCUCAGGAAUUUGACUUCCUUCUGCAUUUCCCUGUGCAAGCUAGCACAGUCAGCCCAGUGCCCUUCCUCUCUCCACAUGUCUGGGGGGCCAUUAAGACUAUUUCUAUAAUGGAGAGCUUCAGUGGACUGGACAGAGACAUGGAAAGCUCACCUAAGCGCUGGAGGAAGAUCGUUGAAUCCAGCUGUCCCGAAAAGGAAAGGCUUCCACAGGACUGGAAGAAUAAGAGUUCCCUCCAGAAGCUCAUAAUCCUGAGAGCACUCCGCCCUGAUAGGAUGACCUACACACUAAAGAACUUUGUGGAGGACAGCAUGGGAGCAAAAUAUGUGGAGGUGCCUGGGCUGGAAUUUGACAAGUUGUAUGAGGAUAGUAGCCCCUCCACUCCCAUGUUUUUUAUCCUCUCACCUGGGGUUGAUCCACUCAAAGAUGUAGAGAAACUAGGAUUGAAGCUGGGAUUUUCCAUUGACCAGGGAAAUUUGCACAAUGUUUCCCUUGGACAGGGACAGGAGGAAGUUGCUAAAAGGGUUCUGAGGAACGCCUCUAAACUUGGGCACUGGGUCAUUCUGCAGAAUGUGCACCUUGUGGCUCGCUGGCUGCCCUCUUUAGAUGCUUUUCUGGAGGCAGCAGCAGUGGACAGUCACCCCAAAUACAGGGUGUUCAUCACCGGUGAACCAGCACCAAGCCCUGAGCAGCAUGUUAUCCCCAGAGGCAUCCUGGAGAACUCCAUCAAAAUCACUAAGGAGCCCCCCACUGGCAUGAACGCCAGUCUGCACGCAGCCCUCCACAAUUUCAGUCAAGAUACUCUGGAUAUGUGCUCCAGAGAGCAGGAGUUCAACUCCAUGUUCUUCUCCCUCUGCUUCUUUCAUGCUUGUGUGACAGAACGCCGAAAAUUUGGCCCCCAGGGGUGGAACCAUAUUUACCCCUUCAGCACAGGAGACCUCACCAUCUCAGUCAACGUCUUGUACAAUUACUUAGAGGCAAACACCAAAGUGCCUUGGGAAGAUUUGUGUUAUCUUUUUGGGGAGAUCAUGUAUGGAGGACACAUUACUGAUGACUGGGAUAGAAGACUGUGUAAGACUUAUCUGGAAGAAUUCAUGCAUCCAAAAAUGUUUGAAGGGGAGCUCUUUCUGUGUCCUGGGUUCCUGGCCCCUCCGUUUAUGGACUACAGUGGAUACCACAGUUACGUGGAUGAACAUCUUCCAUCUGAGAAUCCCACUCUGUAUGGUCUACAUCCCAAUGCUGAGCUUGAUUGCCUCACUGUCACCUCAGACAACCUCUUAAGGACUCUGCUGGAGCUACAGCCGCAGGACUCCUCCAGAGGAGAGAGUGCAGCUCAGAGCACAGAGGAGAAGGUCAAGUCUGUUAUUGAGGAUAUCCUUGACAAGCUUCCUGAGGAGUACAACAUGACAGAGAUGAUCACAAAGACAGCAGAGCGAAGUCCGUACAUUUCAGUCUGUUUGCAGGAGUGUGAACGCAUGAAUCUUCUGCUGGCAGAAAUAAGAAAAUCCCUUAAUGAGCUGGAGCUUGGCCUGAAGGGAGAACUCACCAUCUCUUCCACUAUGGAGGCUCUGCAGUUGGCCCUGUUCAAUGACUCUGUUCCAGACUCCUGGGCCAGACUGGCUUACCCCUCCACUAAAACACUUUCACAAUGGUUUAUUGAUCUAAUGACUAGCUGUCGUGAGCUGGACAGCUGGACUCAGGACUUUGUUCUACCUGCAGUUGUUUGGCUCUCAGGCCUUUUCAAUCCGCAGUCUUUCCUCACUGCUGUUCUGCAGAGCAUCGCUCGCAAGAAUCAGUGGCCCCUGGACAAGAUGACUUUGACUGUAGAUGUAACAAAAAAGUUGAAAGAUGACUUUGGACAUCCGCCUCGGGAAGGGGCCUACAUCCACGGACUCUUCAUGGAAGGAGCACGCUGGGAUACUCAGGCUGGAGUCAUCUCUGAGGCGGUUGUGAGGGAUCUGACCCCGGCCAUGCCGGUGUUGUAUGUCAGAGCCGUGCCAGCGGAGGAGCAGGAGGUCAAGAAUACUUAUGAAUGUCCGGUGUACCGUACCAAACAGCGUGGAGCCACGUAUGUUUGGACCCUCUACCUCAGAAACAAGCAGCCGCCUGCUAAGUGGGUUGUAGCUGGAGUGGCACUGCUGCUUUCUGUUUGA